CUUUAGCGCUUACCAAUGAACUGCUGAACACUUUUACUCCGAGCAUACUCACAGCAGAUCCAUUAACUAACUGGGUUUGACUGGUGUGCACUUCUAUAUGAGGCUGGAACCACUUAAACACAUUUAAAGAGCCACUGGGAAGCGUUUUCCAUUUCUAUCUGGAGUUUUGCAUUGUUGGUGGAAUGAAACUCAAAAGCGAAUCUCUUUGGUGUCAUAAUGUAACGGUGAUUUUACCUUUUCCUAUUUGUAUUUAAUUAUAUUGGCGGCACGAUUUCAAAGCUUUAGAAUGUCGCGGAGCGUCGGAGAGAAAGAGCGCAAAUUUGAAUCGGACGAAAGUCGGAUUGACUCGGGAAUCGACUCGUACAAAUCGAUUUCCAGAGAUCCGUACGGGAGUUUGGAGAGUUCCGAGGAGAAAGAUAAAGCGAGUUGUGGAACAGAAGAGCGAUUGGAUUCUGCAUACGCGUCUUCGUCGUUAACAGUGGACAGUUUGGGAGAUAUUAUCGAGAAAUGCAGCAUUUCUGAAUGUGCAAACGCGACGGACUGUGAAUACACUGAGGAGGAAGUGAAUCUCUUAACCACUGUUACAGAAGAUGGAGACACGAUUCUCCAUUUGGCGGUAAUCCAUGAAGAGCAACGCUUUGCACUUCACUUGAUAGACCUGUUUCCAAGAGACCUGCUGGAUAUUCAGAACAACUUGUAUCAGACGCCGCUGCAUCUCGCCACAUAUCUGAACCAGCACAUCGUAGUGAAAGACCUGGUGGCGAAGGGUGUCUCGCUUGAGCUACAGGACCAAGAUGGAAACACCCCUCUUCAUGUGGCCUGUGAACAUGGCUUCUGGGAUUGUGCCAAUGAGAUGAUCCAUGACACCUCGCCCAACAAACUCGCCCACAUGCUGGAGGCCCAGAACUGGAGAGGUCUCGCGUGUCUCCAUGUGGCCACAAUGCACAAACACCAUCGUUUGAUUCGGCUCCUGAUGAAGAACGGUGUUAAUCUGAACAUACAGGAGGGUACGAGUGGGAAGACGGCGUUACACGUGGCCGUCGAGCUGCAUGAUGUGCCCACGGUGAAUCUCCUGCUCAACAAUGGGGCGAAUGUCGACGCCGCCAUGUUCAACGGCUGCACGGCGCUGCAUUUGGCAGUGGGCAGGCAGGACGCAGCUGUUGUCAACCGUCUGUGCCAGGCCGGAGCUGACAAGAUGAUCCGAAACAUGGAGGAUGAAACAGCCCUGGAUCUGGCUGACGGCAAUGAUGAUAUUUUGGCUCUGUUCCCCUUCGAUGAUAUUCAGAUCAUGGGAAGGACUGUGAUAAACUAUUAAAUAUGUGAAUAUGACACUUCGCAUGAUAAUUUUUGAUUUUGUUUAAACUCUGAUCUGAAGUUGUUGUUUUUGUGCAUCUGCUGCAUACAGUGGAAAGUAUUCAUAUCGUAUGUAUUGUGUAUUCGUAGCAUCCUUCGUGUAAUGCUAAACAUCAAGCAUUCUGAUUUAUGAUGUCAAUAUUAAUAUUAAUAUUUUGUUUUUUUGUAGCAAUACUGUUGCUGUAAGCAAGAUGAGCAAAUGAAACACUGCUUUUCAAACCUGCGUCCAAAAAGGCAGGUCAAAAUGCCAAUAAAAAGAAGUUUUAAUAUUUACAUUCA